AAAUGAAAUGAACAAAGAGACCACGGAAAAGUUUUGUGGUCAGGAUAAGAAGUGAAAGGGAUUGAUGUCUGGAUCAUUAGAUUUUGUCAAUUACUUAAAUUCGUCAGCUCUUACGAAAUGUUUGUCUUCAUAUAUUGGCCACUGAUCGCUCUGCUAAUGACUAACUUUAGGCCACUGUCAAUGAUAUAUAGAAGGGACAUCUGUUUUAUAAACUACACCUACCCUGAGUUCUAAGUUCUAUAAUUCUCUAUUGUUUCAAGUUUUCGCCUAUGGAGAAUCUGAACUCUAGCUACUACUACUACUACUACUACUUAGCUAUCUUGCUAUUUUUCUUUGUCAUUUUAUUCAAAUACUUGCUUCCUUCCGGAAAACGUUUACCACCUAGUCCUCUGUCUCUUCCGAUAAUUGGUCAUCUUUACCUUAUUAAGAAUUCCCUACACGAGACACUAACUUCCCUAUCUACAAAAUAUGGCCCUGUUUUGUAUCUCCGAUUCGGCUGUAGAAAUUUGCUUGUUGUGUCUUCUCCAUCUGCGAUGGAAGAAUGCUUCACCAAAAACGAUAUCAUAUUUGCAAAUCGUCCUCAGAGCAUGGCUGGAGAUCAGUUUUCCUUCAACUAUAAGGCUGUUGUCUGGGCUCCUUACGGCUAUCUUUGGAGAGCUCUCCGCCGUCUAACUGUUAUUGAGAUCUUCUCUUCCAAUAGCUUGCAGAAGUCUUCUGCACUGCGGAAUGAAGAAAUUGGAAUUCUUAUUCGCUCUUUGUUUAAAGCCAGCACUAAUAAUGGCAGUAGUGGUGCAAGAGUUAACUUGAGUCAUUGGGUUUUUACUUUUGCGGUCAAUGUUAUGAUGAGAACUGGCACUGGAAAACGUUGCGUAAGUGAAGAAGACAUGGAAACAGAGAAGGGGAAACAAAUCAUUGAAGAGAUAAGAGGAUUUUUCUUCGCGACCUUGGUAGUUUUGAACGUGUGUGAUUUCAUGCCAGUUUUGAAAUGGUUUGGGUACAAAGGGCUAGAGAAAAGGAUGGUCUUAGCGCACCAAAAGAGAAAUGAAUUCUUGAACAACUUACUGGACGAAUUUCGACAGAAAAAAAUAGCUGGUAUUUCAGAAUCCAGUACUGAUAGUAUCAAUGCUAAGAAGACCACGCUGGUCGAAACUCUCUUGUCACUACAAGAAUCUGAACCUGAAUUUUACACAGAUGAUCUAAUUAAAAGUGUUUUACUGGUUUUAUUUAUUGCUGGAACAGAGACAACAUCAAUGACCAUUCAAUGGGCGAUGCGACUUCUUUUAGCUCAUCCUAAGGCAUUUACAAAACUGAGAGCUGAGAUUGAUAGCAAAGUGGGGAACGAUGGCUUGCUAAAUGAAUCAGACAUUCCCAAGCUUCCUUAUUUACAUCGUGUUAUAAACGAGACGCUAAGAUUGUACCCUCCAGUACCACUUUUGUUGCCUCACUACUCAUUAGAAGAUUGUACUGUUGGGGGAUAUGAAGUACCAAAACAUACGAUCCUAAUGGUUAACGCUUGGGCUAUCCAUAGGGAUCCCAAGUUAUGGGACGAACCUGAAAAGUUCAAACCAGAGCGAUUUGAGGCCAUGGAAGGAGAAAAAGAAGGAUUCAACUAUAAAUUAGUACCAUUUGGAAUGGGGAGAAGAGCAUGCCCUGGAGCUGCUAUGGGCUUGCGCACUGUUUCACUGGUAUUGGGUUCCCUGAUUCAGUCGUUCGAUUGGAAAAGUGUGGAAGAAGAAAAGUUGGACGCGUGCUAUAAUUCUAGAAUCACUUUGAACAAAGAUAAACCUUUGGAGGCUGUUUGUAUUCCACGACAAAAUUGGCGUGGUUUCCUUUCUUGCCGGGAUUUGAGCAAAUGGCAACCCUUAAAAUUUGGAGCUUCAUACGAAAUUAAUGCUAGAAAACACAAGCACAGUUUGGUGUCAUCACCCCAUGCAACCUUAUCAGGCGGUACGGACAAAAAUAAUGAAAGUCACCAUUAUUACUUCUUAGCUGAAAAAUCCAUGAAUAUGGAAAUAGGCUUCCCAUUUUGCACUAUUGCCUUUUUUUUCUCCAUCUUUUUCAUUCUAAAACUGCAAAAUGCAAGAAAUAAAAAACUUCCUCCAAGUCCACCAUCUCUACCAAUUAUUGGACAUCUCCAUCUCCUCAAAUCCCCUAUUCACCAAACUUUUAAAUCACUUUCUUGCAAAUAUGGUCCCAUUAUUUUCCUCCAUUUUGGGACUUGUCCAAUUAUUGUCAUAUCCUCUCCUUCAAUUACGGAGCAAUGUUUCACAAAAAAUGACAUUAUUUUUGCAAAUCGACCAAAAUCUCUCGUUACUAAACAUCUUGGCUAUAACCAAACCACCAUUGGAUUUUCUCCUUACGGUGACCAUUGGCGUAAUCUCCGCCGCAUUGCUAGUAGUCAAAUCUUCUCCACCGUCAGCCUUAACUAUUCCUCCGCCGUCCGUACAGAAGAAGUCCGUUACGUGGUUACAAAACUAGUCCUGGAUUACAAAGGAGGAAUUGCCAAGAAAGUGAACUUGAAUUUUUUGUUUGAGAAAUUAGUGUACGAUGUGUUAACUAAGAUGGUUGCAGGUAAACGUUGGACCGAGUCAACUCAUGACAUGUUUGGUCCAACUAUGAUUAUGACUAUUUGUGAUUAUUUUCCUGUACUUCAGUGGGUUGGAUUUCAGGGGUUGGAGAAGAAUUUGGUAGAGAUCAAGAAAACAAGAGAUAUAUUUCUUCAGGGUCUAAUUGAUGAAUGUCGAAAUAGCAGAGCUGAUUCAUCUUUGGCUGAGCAGAGAAAGACGAUUAUAGACGCUUUGUUAGGUUUACAAAAAGCCCAGCCUGAAUGUUACACUGAUGACAUUAUUAAGGGUGUCAUAAUGGUAAUGUUCACGGCUGGAACACAUACUUCAGCUGUAACAAUGGAGUGGACAAUGACAUUGUUAUUAAAUCAUCCAGAGGUAAUGAAAAAGGCAAAGCUCGAAAUAAACAACCUCGUUGGAGAGGGGCGUUUGUUAGAGGAAUCGGACAUCCUUAAACUACCCUAUUUACGUUGUAUAAUCAAUGAGACAUUGAGGUUAUUUCCUGCUGGACCACUUUUAGUGCCUCAUUUUUCAUCACAAGAUUGUAUAAUUGAAGGAUAUGGUAUUCCUAAAGGCACAAUACUAUUUGUGAAUGUUUGGGAAAUUCAAAGGGAUCCUAAACUUUGGGAAGAACCAAACAAGUUUAAGCCAGAGAGAUUUGAAGGAAUGGAAGGGGGAAUUGAAGGGUGUAAGUUUAUACCAUUUGGUAUGGGGAGAAGGGCUUGUCCUGGUUCUGGUCUUGCUAUGAGAUUGAUUGGGCUUGUUUUGGGCUUAUUUAUUCAGUGUUUUAAGUGGCAAAGCGUUGGGCCUGCAUUAGUGGGCUUAGAUGAAAGUUUUGGGCUGAUGUUGAAGAAGCGCGAUCCAUUGGAGGCAUUAUACAGGCCCAGAGAAUCCAUGGCCGUAUCACUUUCUCAGCUUUGAGGAGAAAACGAAGACAAAAAGAACAACAACAACAACCCAGUAUAAUCUCACUUAAUAGGGUCUGGGGAGAAUAGUGUGUACGCAGACCUUACCCCUAUCCUGGAAUAGAGAGGCUAUUUCCAAAUAGACCCCCGAUAUCCUUCCCUUCAAGAAUUUCCCACCUAUAUAAAUGUGAACUCAUUAGUUUUGGUAAGGUCAAAUGGAUGAGUCUUUUUGUUGGUUUGUCAUUUAA